AUGGCUGUGGCCAGGGUCUUAGACGGCGAGGAUUCGACGAGGAUGGUCAAGGUCAUGGCGCUGUUCGCCAUCGCCAAGAAUACAAUGCCGCCUGAUCGUAAGCCGCAUCAUUUUGACGGCGGCCCUGGUGCAUGUAGUACUUCAUCGAGAGAUGACCCUAUAUCUUCUGCCAAGACAAAGCUGGAUGCUGAUGUCGUGCUGGUGGCGCCGAGCGUGGCGCAGCUGGCGCCCGCGGUGGCUCGAACGAUGCGGAUGGAGAGCACGGUCGCCCGGCAGCAGUCUGCCAUGGCCAUCCACAGCCUCCUCGGUUCCGUCCCGGGUGCCAUGGCACGGUGUGACCCGGGUAGAGCAGACCGCCCAGAGGAGGAGGACAGCUUCUGGGUGCGCUGCCUGCUGCGGCUUUGCUUCGACGACGCUGUCAAAGUCCGGGCAGAUGCCCUCAAGGCAGCGGAGAGGGCCGUGUCGCUGGGCGGACUGAGAGGGAACGCCGGGAUCGCGGCGUGGGUGGUCGAGGCACUCAGGGAUGGCAGGCUUUCCCAAGGCAUGAACAGGGUGCUGUUCUAUGACGCGAGUUCUCAAUCACAAGCCGCGACAACAGCGGCGGCCGGGGGAGCAGAUCCGCUCCCUCACGCGUCGGGGUCCUCCUCGCCUGCAGCAGCAUCCGACAAGACGAAUCCGCGGCAGGCCACGCCACAACGAGUCAAGCACGCGAUCAGAGUCUGGGCGGUGCAUCUUUCGUUGGCAGACCCGGCCAGCCUCCUCAGAGCGAGGGACACGGCCGGAAAGAAGAGGCUUCUCGACGUCGGCACCGGGUUGUUCACGUGGCUAUGCGGGAAGUCUGCCGACGGUCGGGACGACGUGAAGGUGCAGGCGGUGGAGUCGUGGGAGAUGUUCGCUGUCAGCAUGAUGGCCCAGAUCGGCCGUGAUGAGGCGAAAAAGGUCGCUCACAUGUUCCUGAGAGCUUUGUCCCGCUGGGUCCUCAAAGAAAAGGGUGUUGUCAGGGAAGUGGCCAUGUCUUCGCUCAUGAGAGUGGUAGCUUCAUUUCCAUCGAUCUCGCUGAAGCCCCUGUGGACCACCACUUGGAAAGGAGACAAGAAGAGCAAGGGCUUGGGCGAGGUGUUGCGGGAUGUUGCGGGGGGGAGCAGCGGCGAGAUUGCUCGGCACCACUCCGCUCGAGUUCUGGCGGCUCUUUUGCCUUGCUUUUGCUUACGGCCAGCGGAACCGCACCCCUUGCUUAGAGAUGCCGGUCUCAACCUUGACGAAGAACUUCCCCUGCUCCUCUCCAUGCUGGAAACCCUCAUGGAGGCGUUUCCCUCCCCGAUCCCGGAGGACGCGGCUUCCGCGGUAGACGCCGCGGCACCGCUGCUGCUGCCGCCAUCCUCCUCGAGUAGGGGGGCGGAAGAGGAAAACUGCUGUGCCGACGUUCGGCUGGAGGUCUUGCCAACGACCGGCCUGAUCGCUAACGCGUGGUGCGGCUUGGCCUUCUGGGCGAUGGAACAGGCUGCUGCUGCUGGCUUGGAUGUGGAAGGGACCGGGAAAGGAAAGUCUGGUGCUGCUGAUGCUGGCGAGUUUGCUUCAGACAACCAAGAUGGUAGCGGGAAGGGACACGGAAAUACCGCCGCCGCCGCUAGUGACUGCCGGAAGGAGGGCAGCGGCCCCAGCAGCUCGUCGGCGGCUCCUCCCCAAGAAAACGAGGCUUCGGAGACCAGCCAGCCCUUGCAGGUGCUCUUGGAGUGGUUGCUUGGGGUUAGAGCAAGGCCUUCGACAGGGACUAGUGCCAAGGUCACGACGGUCACCGAAAAGGCCGUCCCGGGCGGCAGCACAGCGGAGGGGAGGGGAAAGGCUGCUGCGAACUCCGCUUCAUCUCCGACUACCGACCGCUUGGCCAGGUGGAAGGAGGCACUCCUUGCCGCUCUGAUCCGGGGACUGUCGAGACGGCUGGACGUUCAGGACAAUGAGGCGGAAGCAGGAGCAGAUGAUGCCAACGCGAAGCUGCCCGGACGGGCUUGGCUGGACGCGCCCGUGGACUCGUCCUCUGUCUUUGAUGGCAGGUUGUGUGCCGGUGAUUGUCCGGCUUGCGCCGAGUGUUUGCCGGCGGGGGGCGUCAUCCGUCAGUCCAUCUCUAGGAAGUGGCUCAAGAGUGAGACGCCCCUGUGGUUGGUGCUCCUUACCGGGGUGCUGCGGGGGAGGUGCGGGUUGGAAUACCGGUGCCUAGACGGCGGCGGCGGUGGUGGAAGCGGCGGCGGGUCGCGUGUUGUGCGAGAGGCUUGCCACAAGGGAAACCCCCGACAUGAAUCAGGCAGUGCUACCGACGGCACCCGCGGUGGCGGCGAAAGCGCUUGCCAAUUCUCGCCCGUAUUUCUACCGCAAUCGUUCUUGGCCGGAGCGCUCUCGUUGUCGCCGGGCGGCUGGCCGGCACAGCUUCUCGCGUCGCUGUUGACAGGCGCGCGCUCGGCGAAGGGGAGAACGCAGGAGGAAGAGGAUUUAGCGUUGGUGGUGGCAGGCCGCGUGUGGCGUGCCGAGGCUGCUCGAAACCUAGCGGAGUGGAAUCGUUGCCUGCCGUUGUCUACAGACUCGUAUGUUGGUGCGGCGGGCGCGGGUUUCGAUGGUGGCGUGCAGGGCGUGACGCCGGGGGGAGACCGUUACAAAGGCGGCCCGGUCGCUCCACACGCAAGAACCGUCGGCACAUCGGCAGCAGGCGUGGACGUGCAGAAGCAGCAGCAGCAGCAGCAGCAGCAGCAGCAGCAGCGGCAGCCGAGCAAGAACCUGCGAACCGACACCGCCAACACGUUGAGGUUCUCGCUCCACGCGGCGUGCUCCUUGUUUUCCCACCCGCCGGAGGGGAACACGCGGAGCCAAUCGAAGGAGCCGAAAGGCGCGACAGGACAGGCGUGCGAUCUGGAAAGCAGGGCCGCGGGUAGCACCGGCGUCCAGAACGAGGGGGCGGCGAUAGCCGACCACGACGGAAAUCUCCGAGGGGGGGCUUCAGGUGGCUGGUCGGAAGGCGGCAAGAGAUCGGUGGCCGUGGAGUCGUUUUUUGGCGCGGAGGCGGCGAGGCUCUGGCUUGGGCUAUUCGAGGCGAGGAGAAACUCGCCCGCCCAGCCGAAGGGAUUCUCGAAACUGGUCAAGGCACUCUCAAAAGACUGCGGAAACUGUGCUUUCGUCGCGUCGUGGGGCCCGUUGGGUGGAGGCAAGGGGGGAGCGGGGGAGGGGGGUUCUUCCGCGGUGCCGCCUCCGGGGGCUUGGGGGCUCGAUUUCAGCCAGACACAGCCUCCGUCGCAGCAGCAGCAGCAGCAGCAGCAGCCGCGAACGGGUCAGCGGGAAUCGGGUGACUUUGCUUCCUCGAUGCAAGGAGACAAGACAGCCGGCGCCGCGGCAAUGCGCUACGACAAGCGUAGCAACACCGACCACCCAGAAGGCAAGAAGCAGAACGGCGGCGGUGACGCGCUUGCCCCCCCGCCGCCUUUCGUUGCCCUCCCCGUGCUGGCCGCGGCGGCGCUGGCGCUCUUGACUGCCGCUCCCGCAGAAGCCGACGCGAAGGCGAGGGGCCGGGCGUGGAAGGCCGGGUCCGCUACACUCGCCUGGACGCUCACAGCAGCAGCCGCCGCUCCCGGCACAACUGCCUGGCCACCGCCGGCAUCGCCGUCAACAACCCAGUGGUCAUCGGCGGCAGGGUUAGCAGCAGGAGAGGAAGGGGCAACCGUCCCCGCUGAGGUUUGUCAAUGCCUCUGCGCUGUGCACUCUUGCUUGAAGGUGGCGGCCGCGGCGGCGGCGGCUGAUUCCGCGGGAGGGGGGCUAAACCGAUCAUCGUCGUCGGGAACGGCCGGCUUCCCUCUAGACGGGGAUUCGCUCGCGCCGGUGUGCCGGCUCUUGGCUGUCGCGGUCAGAACCUCGUAUUCCACCGCUGCGGCUGCUGCUGCUGCUGCUACUGCUGCUGAUGCAGGCCCGGAGUCUUCUUCCGGAAGUCUGGUCCGAGCUUCUUUUUCCUCUUCCACCGCCUCGGGGACCGAGGUGGUCGUGGCUGCGGACCCUGCGGUGCGCCUCGAGAUUCGAGGCCUGGUGGCGUGUGCGCUGUCGGCCAGCAGGAAGGUGGCGGCGUCGCCGGGACUGCUGACCGCCUUGAGCCCUUUGCUAGAGGCUGUGCUGGACGUGCCUAGCUCAAGCUGUGACGCAGAUAGCUUGCAGUCAUCUCUCCUGGACGUGUGGAACGCUACCUUCGGAAAGCUCAACCUGAAACAGCCGCCCGCGCCGGCAUGGAAAGCCGCGUUCAGCCCGGCCUUGCUCCGGCGCCUGUCGGACCUAUCCCGGCGAGCAGAGGUCGAAAUGCCUCCCGGCAUCACUCUUCCAGUGCUCGACACCGCAGCAGCACCAACAGCAACAAUGGCCCAGGGGCUCCGGGAUUCGGGCUUGUCGGAAGGUAACAAAGGAGCCGAAGAGGGAGGCAUCGCGGUGGACGAGUCCGCGCGGGCCGGCGGUGAAGCACGAGGAUAUUCGCAGCCGGAGUCA